AUUUCUCCCUGUUGGGCUAUUCCUACAACUAGUAGCCUGUACUGGUACCGGAAUGCUUUAGAUAUCUUACUAUCGGGGUCAAUGUUUAAUAAUUCGUUUGUUCAAAGAUCCAAACGGUUCCGUACCGGGUGUCUCCAAGUUUUAGCGCAGCGCAGCCAGCAAACAGCAACAGCAAGCAGCAAAGCGACAUCGAAAAAUUUCAUUCUGACAAUGACAACUGUCGAUUUGGAGCAAUAGAGUAUCGCAAGCCAAUUUGAUAAGGUUCACAACUACAUUGUUGCUAGCUAGCCACAAGGGAGGCAGCCACCGCGCCGAGUCUGCACAAAAAGUAGCGCCGUAACAAUGAUCGAGGGGACGAAGCCGACAUCUCGUCGUCAUGAUAUUCACGGCAUCGAUUCUUUUUUCGCGGCUCACGAGAAGCAAGCUGCAAAGAACGGAGUGAAAGGUGUACGAGCUGCCGAAAAAGACGAUGGACAUGAAGAAGAGAAAAAGUCAGACGACGACAUUUAUGCGGCCACGGCCGAUUUGACGACUAAAUUGAUCAAGAACUCCAAUCAUCCUCGUUUUUCUCUUCAUGGAGCGGCAUCCAUCGAGAGCGAGAAGAACUAUCCCAGUACGAGCACCAAGCGCAUUAGGGCAGAUGCAAAAAAGACAUCAUUUAGCCCGUCUGAACUGAGCACAGUAUCCACAGCCCCUCCAACUCCUGCAGCAGAAGGCGACGUCGGGUUCAAGAAUUCUCCCUUGGUGACCCAACAUGGGGACGGUGAACAGGACGAAAGCAAAGCACAGGCGAGCGUCGAAACAGAACCUUCGCCGGUAGAUCACAAGCAGCAGCCUCCAGCUGAAGAAGAGGAAGAACAACAACAACCAGAGACUGAAGAGGAAUCACAUCCCGAAGCAGAGGAGGAACAACAACUCGAUGAGAAAUCAAGAAAAUCUGCAGCUGUAGAGGUGGAAGAGGAAGAGCAGCACAACGCUGAGGUGGAAAAACCUGAAGAAGAAACACAGAAAACCUCCAACAGAGAAUCCGAAAGGACACCCAGCCCCACCAUUGAGCGCGAAGUUACACCGGAAAGUCCUGACACAGGCCGUAACGAGCACGAUGAGGAGGUUGCUGUUCAACACAGCGAUGAUGAUGAUGAUGACGGAUUUCCACAUCCAGGGGAGAACAAUGAUAGCGACGACGGCGGUGGUUUCCAAUUGGCUGGCAAUGACGAAACACCGUUCAAGUCUCUAAAGGUAACUGAGAACGAAAAAGACAAUGUGGAGAAGACUAGCUCGGAAGAUGAUCCCAAAGAAGAAGAAUUGGACAAUAAAAAGGGUGAAGGGGAGGCGCCCAAUUCGAAAUCGUCCAAGAGAACACCAUCUCGGAAGAAGAAAUUGGCGCGGGACGAAGACGAAAAGGACGAAGGGGAAACACUCAACUCGAUUUCCACCAAGCGAACACCAUCUCGGAAGAAAUCGACGCGAGAAGACGAAGAGGACGACGAAGGGGAAACGCGCAGUUCGAAAUCCAACAAACGAACACCAUCUCGGAAGAAGAAAUCGACGCGAGAAGAAGAGGUCGACGCCGAGGAGGAAGAGGUCGAUGAAACAAGUAGUGUGAUUCAUGGCGCGGACUCUCCGCAAACCACGCGAGGUUCUCGGAGCCACCAGGACUCUGGAGAAGAGACCAAGAAACCAGAGAAAAGGGUCAAAUCCAACAAAAGCCAAAAGGGAAAGGCCAAGAAAAAGAUCGGGUCGACCAGGGACCGCUCGCAGAAUUCCGUCACUCCCGAGACUGUCCUUAACAAGAAGAAACGCAAGAAGGUCAACUUCGGGCCAUCUACGGAAGGGUAUCCUGUUGGUCCUCGCGGGUAUACCUCUGUGUCCAUUGAAGAAUGUGUCGAGGACUCUGGUCGGACUGAUCUCCGCCGCUCGAGACGCGCCAGAACCCAACCAUUGCAGUACUGGAAGAACGAGCGCUUCGUUUAUGGGGCGAACCAAGAAGAUGGCGUGCUUGGAGAAGCGAUGGGGAACAUGCCGGUUGUCAACAGCAUCUUGAUGGCCGAGGAAACUCCCUACAAGAAGCGAAAGGUGACUGUCAAAAAGAUCCAGAAGAAGAAGGGGGGAAAGAAAUCAAAUGCUGCUGACACAGAUUAUGGAAAGGACUCGAUUCCCUUUGACGACCGAAAGAUCAAGAACAAGCACCAUUUCUUGGAGGGAGAAUCUGCGCUUGUUUGGAAUGACGGGGUCAAGAAACCCCGAAAUGAGAAGGUUGUUUCUUUCAGUGAGGACAUUGCAAGGCACCCCCUUCCCAUUCCUGCUACGAGGAAGAAAUCAGACGGGAAGGCAGUCGCUUCUGCUGCCCAAGCAUUCAACAUUCGCAGUGAUGAAAAUAGUGAGAACUACGUGGGAUACAUCAUGGGCCAUCUUGCUCUUCCUCCAAAGGCCUUGAAGGAUUAUGAGAGCGUGGGACCUUGCGCUCAAACAUUCACCGUCUGCCACGCCCAACCAAAUUCAGUGGAAGUCGCUUAUGCAGACCCCGAAGAGGAGGCAAUGUUUGAUUCCAAAACAGCGCAGAGAUUCCUCCUUGGCCCUGGAGACAUGUUCAGAGUACCUCAGAACAAUGUCUACCAAAUCAAGAAUCACUCUACCAAUAUGAAGUGUCUGUUGACCUGGACAAUCAUUCGGCCCCAUGACUCACAUCACGUGGAUGGCUAGACUGUUUUACAAUUCACGAAUUCUUUCUGGUGGCACAGACAACAGGAUGUCAAUUGCAGCUGCACAGCGAUUUUCGAGCAAUGCAAUUCUGGGUAAUAUCAAUAAUUUGAGGGGUAAAUCUAUAUUAAUUAAGUGUCGUUGUAUGCUGCCGCGAUGAAGGACGAGAUGCGUAAUUGAUUGGGAGCCAGAUUGCCUCCGUGCACAAUCAGAACUGAGCUGUAGUGUUCUAUCCAAGCCUCUGCCCUGCACUGCCUGGACGAAGUCUUCCCAGGCCUAACUUGUCAUCUUGGAUCGUGUCCUUGAUCAUUUCCGCCAGGCCUCCGAAGAAACCUUGACUGCGCUGUUCAUAUUCUUCCCUCUGGCCAAUGUUCUCUUGACGGAGCAGGUUGUCCAUGACCUGAGCGACUUGCGGGUUUCCUUCUGAGAGUCCCAACUCCUGGAAGACAUCAUAUGCGUCUGUCCACCACUUCUUUGCUUCUUCUUCGUUGCCUUGCAUUUUGUGGAUGUUUCCUAGAGACAGUAUUUCAGGGGUAGAAACAAAAUUUAGUGACAAGCUCCUCAGCAA